CUUUUUUUUACGGUAAAAAAUCCACUAUCAACGCACGCACGUGCACACAAUUUCUCUCUCUCUAGAUGCAGAAGACCUGUUCUCCGUCGCCGACAUGCCUGCUCCCCCACCAACCUCAUCGCCGCCGCAACUGAACGAUACCUCCGACGUCUCGGCCGAGCGCCGGUUCCGUGAGGCGGAGGACCGGCUGAGGGAGGCCAUCGAAGAGCUGCAGCGCCGCCAGCGCAGCGCACGGCAGCUCCACCAGCUGCCCUGCGACCACGCCGACGAGUCAUGUGUCGCCAACGCCAUUGGUAACCUCUGCCAGAGCUUCCUCCUGUCCUACGGUGUUCGCGUCGGCAUCGGAAUUUUACUCCGCGCUUUCAAACUCGCUCGCGGGAAAUCCUACUCGUCCCUUCUUGAUCUCAAGCAACUUGUCUCAGAAAAAAAUCUGAUAGUAAGAGAGGAAGCAUGUCGGAUUGGUUUACUUUUUGGAGGAUUUACGGGAUCGUAUCAUGCCCUUCGAUGUUUGUUGAGAAAGUUGAGAAAGAAAGAGACACCAAUGAAUGCGAUUUUAGCAGGUUCAGUAGCAGGUUUAUCUAUUUUAGCAUUGGAUGAUUCAAAUCGACGGCGUACCCUUGCUUUGUAUCUUUUGGCUAGGCUUGCUCAGUGUGCUUAUAACUCUGCAAAGUCGAAGAACAAAUUUCACUUGUGGGGAAGCCAUUGGAGACAUGGAGAUUCUCUGCUUUUUUCUUUAGCAUGUGCUCAGGUCAUGUAUGCUUUUGUAAUGCGUCCAGAGAGCUUGCCAAAAUCAUAUCAAGACUUUAUACAGAAAACAGGGCCAGUUGCACGGCCUGUAUACAAGGCUGUGAGGGAUUGCUGCAGAGGUUCCCGCGUGGAUGUUGCCUCACUAUCUGCUUUCCUAGCUAGCAAAAAGGGUCACAACUUUGUAAAGUUGGAAGAGUUCCCUUCGAUCAUUCCCUGUUCAAUAAUUCAUCCUGAUACAAAUUCAUGUCUAGCUCACAAUGCUAGAGCAGCAUCAGCAACUUUUAGAAAGACAUUUCCGCUUUAUUUCUCUUUGACGUUUGUGCCAUUUGUUGUUCUGCGCUUGCAAAAGUUCAUGGAUGCUCCUGUCCGCACGUGUUGGCUUGCUGUUAAAGGAGCUGUUCGAUCAACCUCAUUUUUGUCGGCUUUUGUAGGAAUAUUUCAGGCGGUUAUAUGUCUGCAUAGAAAGGUGGCAACAAAGGACCACAAGCUUGUGUAUUGGGUUGCAGGUGGGAUGGCUGCCCUUUCUGUGUUACUAGAAAAGAAAGCUAGACGUGGAGAACUCGCAUUGUAUGUUCUUCCUAGAGCUGGAGAUUCUUUGUGGUAUAUAUUAGUGAAUCGCCAUUUUCUUCCAGAUAUCAAGAACGCUGAGGUGGCCCUAUUCUGUGCAUGCAUGGGGGGAAUAAUGUACUAUUUAGAACAUGAACCAGAUACCAUGGCUCCAUUUCUCAGAGGCUUGAUCCGGCGCUUCCUUGCCAGCAGAAUCAGCAAUCCAGGCACUACUUCAAAUCGAAGUGCUUCUUACUCGUACUUACAAGCCUUGGAUGCCAUGAAAAAGACAAAAUUACAAGACAACCGAGAUGCUGAAACUUCAGCUUCUGAGAAAUACAAUCUUGAAUCCAUUCCUGGACUCUGAGCACCUCUUUUUCACAGUUGCUUAUUCACCAUUUUCAAUUGGUUUCCUUCAUUUCCAAUUUGUUGCCAGAGCAGCCGAGUUCUGGUACCAUUAUAUCGAUAUCUCAACCGGAGGGAGCGAUCGGUAUUUUCCAUCCUUCCGGUUGCAGUCUAACAUUUUCAGAUCCUAGAGACUUGGUCCUCAUUCAAUUUUGGGUCCUCCAUUAUUCUGGGUCCUCCAUUAUUUCAACUAAUACUGUCCUACAUGGAACAAAUGUUGAAGAAAAUAGCUGAUGUAUUUUAGAAUCCCCUUAUGGUUUGGCCAGGGAUUUUUUUUUUUUUUUUCCUGCAUGUAAAUAUGAACAGCUUGUAUUGGUCUGAUAAUAAUCUCCCUGCUUUCGAUGGAAGAAAAGAUUGCUAUCAGCGUCUGCUAAGAAUGAGAUGACAAGUCUUUAUCGUGUC